GGAACCUCCUCCGCAUCUCUUGGUAGCGGCCGUGUGGGGCUGGUGGCGACUCAGCUUCUUUGCCUGGGAUGGCCGCGGCUGUCGCUAUGGAGACAGAUGAUGCUGGAAAUCGACUUCGGUUUCAGUUGGAGUUGGAGUUUGUGCAGUGUUUAGCUAACCCAAAUUACCUUAAUUUUCUUGCCCAAAGAGGUUACUUCAAAGACAAAGCUUUUGUUAAUUAUCUUAAGUACUUGCUUUACUGGAAAGAACCAGAAUAUGCCAAGUAUCUAAAGUACCCUCAGUGUUUACACAUGUUAGAACUACUCCAAUAUGAACACUUCCGCAAGGAGCUGGUGAAUGCUCAGUGCGCGAAAUUUAUUGAUGAGCAGCAAAUUCUGCACUGGCAGCACUAUUCCCGGAAGCGGAUGCGCCUUCAGCAAGCCCUGGCAGAGCAGCAACAGCAAAAUAACACGUCAGGAAAAUGAAAAGCUGGAUCCAAACCAGGCUCCUAAGAGUGUACAUAUUGCUUUUGUAUAGUGAAGACAAAAAAGACUCAUCUUACCUACUUUUAUUGUGGUAGCACUUAGUACCUUUAGUGUGCUAUUUAAUCUGACUAACUUUUUAUUGUUAAUAGAUUAUUUCUGUUAAACC